GCAAGAAUUGAAACACGAUCUUCUCUCAAACAGAGGGACAGAAGCCCUUCUCUCCUCAGAAAAACCUCAGCACUCGGAACCAGGGUUUCAGGCGGCUGGAUUGCCAUCUCAAAGGGAAGCAAAAUGAAAUGGUUUAAGCUCACCCCACGGCUAGACUAGGGUUUCCCUCCACACGAUGCAUCGUCACCUCCUCCUCCACCUCCGCCGCCGCCUCCUCUCCUCCUCCGCCGCCGCCUUCUCUCCACCUACGCAGUCGCCUCAUCUCCUUCUUCACCGCCCCAUCACUUCUCUUUCUUCUCUGCCUCAUCCGCAUUCGCUCUCCCCUCGCCCUCCCCGCCGCCUCCCCCCCGACCCCGAUGACCCCUCCACCCUCCUUCGCGAGGACCCUAUCUCCCUCUGCGCCUCCCUCUGGAUCGACAGCUUCCGCGACCCCUCCGCCACCGCCUCCUCCCUCUCCCCCCACCUCCGCCGCCUCGAGCUCUGGGUGCUUGCAUACCAGAAGGUGUACGCGGACGAGACGGGCUCCUACCUUCCCAAGUCCUCCGUCUCCCGUCCCGUCCUCGAAUCCCUCCUCGCCCUCCGCAACGCCGUCCUCGACGGCCGCUUCCGCUGGGGCGCCCGCCUCGACCUCUUCAUCCGCUCCCCUCGCGACAAGACCGACCCCUCCUCCCUCUCCAAGCGCAAGCUCCGCGCCCUCCUCACCUCCGCGCAGCCACCGCCCUUCCAGGACCGCAUCGUCCAAGAAGUCCUGCUCAUGAUCCUCGAGCCCAUCUACGAGGGCCGCUUUUCUCAGAAAUCCUUCGCCUUCCGGCCCGGCCGCACCGCCCACGCCGUCAUCCGCACCAUCCGCCGCAGCUUCGCCGGCUACCUCUGGUACAUCAAGGGCGACCUCAGCACCAUUCUCGACGGGGUCAAGCCUGCGCUGAUCAUCAAUGCGUUGAUUCGGGACGUUAGGGAUAAGAAAGUCGUGGACUUGAUCAAGUCCGCACUCACUACUCCGAUGAUCACCGGCCGGCCCAUAGACGAGGAGGCUGCCAAGAAGAAGAAGAAGAAGAGAAAGUAUCAGAAGAAGCGGGUCUUGGCCGAGGACGAACCGAAGCCUGACCCCUACUGGCUCCAAACCUUUUUUGGCUUUGCCCCUGAAGAGGCCGAGAAGCUCCCCGAUUGGGGGCACUGCGGGGUUUUGAGCCCGUUGCUUGCAAAUGUGUAUCUCGAUGAGCUUGACAAGUGGACGGAGGAGAAGAUCAAGGAGUUCUACCGGCCUUCGAAGUCCGAUGUUAUAUGGACCGGCGGUGAAGAGCAGGGGAACACAUCAUGGCCGGAGUUUGUCCCGACCAGCGGGCCUGACAAGACCCGGAAGAUGGACUACAUUCGAUAUGGUGGGCACUUCUUGAUUGGGGUCAGGGGGCCUCGGGCGGAUGCUGCAGUGCUGAGAAAGCAGCUGAUUGAGUUCUGUGACCAGAGGUACCAGCUCAAAUUAGACAAUGAGAGCCUCCCAAUCGAGCACAUCACCAAGGGGAUCAUGUUUCUUGACCAUGUGCUAUGCCGCCGAGUGGUGUAUCCAACGCUGAGGUACACGGCGACUGGCGGGAAGAUCAUCAGCGAGAAGGGUGUAGGAACACUAUUAUCGGUCACUGCUAGCCUGAAGCAGUGUAUCAAGCAGUUUAGGAAGUUGGAGUUCUUGAAGGGAGAUCGGGACCCUGACCCACAGCCCUGUUUCAGGAUGUUCCAUGCCACACAGGCACACACAAAUGCCCAGAUGAACAAGCUCUUGCAAACUAUGGUGGAAUGGUAUCGGUAUGCCGAUAAUCGCAAGAAAGUCGUGAACUUUUGUUCUUACAUCAUAAGGGGAUCCUUGGCAAAGCUCUAUGCUGCCAAGUACAAGCUUCGGUCAAGGGCAAAGGUGUAUAAAAUUGCAUCAAGGAAUCUCAGCCGGCCAUUGAAGGAUAAGAAAGGGCAGUCACCAGAGUACCAUAAUUUGUUGCGGAUGGGUCUGGUGGAUUCAGUCGAUGGGCUUCAAUAUACCCGGAUGUCUCUGGUGCCUGAGACAGAUUACACCCCAUUUCCAAGUGGCUGGAGGCCAGAUCAUGAGAAGGUUUUGUUGGAGUAUAUAAGGCUUGAGGAUCCAAGGACUCUUGGAGAGCAGAGGAAUUGUCUUAGGGAGCAGGGCCUUGUUACCCCGCAAGAUUAUGUUUCAACGCUUGUUUGGAACUACAAGAAGAGUGCUCUUGUCUCUCCUCCUCUGGAGGAGAAUGAUGCCCAAAGAGCUAAAGAAGAGUUAUUAGGAUCAAGUAGGGAUGAAAUCAAGGAUAGGAUAGGAGAAGGUGAAGAGAAUGGUGUUUUACAGGCUGCACAGAUGUGAGAGUGAUCAGCCUUGAGAAUUGCUUUGGGUGUUUCUGUUUAGUGUGAAAAUAGGAGAAGAGCACACCGCAGUUUCUGAGUUGUUUUCUGAUUGGCAACCAACAAUUCUACCUAUAAAUUACCUACAAGGGUAGUCUGUACAUUUGCAAAAUGUAUCACUAAAAUCUGUUGGAGAAAAUUAUAUUCAUUAACUUGGUUAAAAGAAUGCUUCCAGGGUCUUUCUCCUAGGAACUACCAUUUCACAAAUAUCCUUAACUGGAGCUCAUAACUUCGAUUCUGUAAUGGUAUUAAUUGGUCAGAGUGCUAAUUCAAGAUAGUCAGCUGCAAUUACUAGGGCACUGGUCUGUGCAUGGCAAAGAAGAGAGUGAAGCUGAAGCCACUUCAUCACUUAAUACGAACAUUUGCUGGACAAGUUCUUCUGGCUUUGUUUGGAUUUUGAAUUUCCGUCAAGGGCCUUGUGGCGAGAGGAAGCCACUAAAUUUUUAUUUAAAUGGUUAUUCCUACCUGAAGUUACUCCCUCUGCACGUGGACUAGUUGUGUUAUCUGAGUUUUCCACUGACCAAAUUUUUGCCCUGGGCCGGAUUUAGAAGAACAUAAAAUUGUAAUCAGCUGCUUGUUGAGCAUGCUGCUGUUGGAUUGAAGCUAAUGCAACUCAAGCAUGGUUGUCCAAUUGCAUACUGAUUUUCUUUUCUUCUCUGUCUCUCUCUUUUUCUAUUUUUUGGCUGCUUUUCUGUUGAGCAACAUUGUACUCCCCGGGUCAUCAGGGUCUUCAAUAUAUGUUUAAAUAGAAACAUAUAUCAAGAACUAUUCUUGCUUCAUGAGUUUGACACAAUGAAAGCUAUUUGGGCAUAA